UGGGUAGUGUUGGCAAUGUCUUUUGAAAAUGCUGAAUCGUACUUCGAAGGUAACAAUUAUACCAAAGUUUACACUAAAAUUCUCAUGGAUGAAUUUUACGAGUGGAUAAAUUGGCGCAAAGAUGGGAAUGAUUCCCUUCUGGAUAUCGGAAGUGGUCCUAGAAAUACAAUUCGCGAAGUACUUUAUCCUCUCCUGCCCAUAAAUUUUUCAAGACUCGUUCUGUCAGACAUUUCUGGGCCAAUGGUUGAGCUACAGAAAAGGGAGUUCAAGGGAUAUGAUCGUGUUUCUUGUGAAGUUCUUGACAUUGGAACCCAAAUAUCUGACGAUAUGUCGAAGAAACUCGGAACUUUUGAUCAUGUAACAUCAUUCUUCUGUUUAAUGUGGGUGGCAGAUCAACAAAUCGCCAUGGACAACGUUUACAAAUUGCUUAAACCUGGAGGAGACUGUUUUCUCGUUAUUGUGGCAGAUUCACCAAUAUUUGAUGCUAUAUGUAGUGUCUGCGAAAAACCCCGUUGGAAGGAAUAUUUUAUCGGAUGGAAGGAUUUCUACGUGUAUCCUUACACUGAAAUUGACAAAUCCAAAGCCAAAGGACUAAAAUUUAUGGAAAUGGCAGGUUUUGUGGACACUAAGGCAGAACUAAGAGAAAAUUUCUUUGAAUUUGGUUGUGAUGAGCACAAGGAAAAUUUUUUAAGAUCAAUGCCCAAUAGAUUUUCCAAAGAUGUGACUGAUAAGGAAGAAGAAGAAAUAUAUCAAGAGCGACUCGAGAAGUUUGAUGAAUUUAAACUGGGGGAAUAUCGUGAUAAUACUGGCAGAAUUAACAAACCAAAUACUUACUUAAUUUUGUAUGGAAAAAGACCAAAAUAG